CUCAGACAGAGCGUCUAGUUGCUAUUGAAUAUAAACGUUUUUCCCUCUAAUAUAAUGACCAAAAAUAUUUCUAUGAUCGUUACUGUUCGUGCGUGUACUUCGUAGCUGUGUGAAUUAUAUCAAAGCAAGAAGAUCAUAUCGUGUCAGAGUAAUAAUAAUUACAGGACAGGUUCAAGAAAAUCAUUAGACCCGACCGGUCACGCUUAUAGUCACCCUUUGUGUGCCAUGCUGUAACGGGUUUCGCUAUUAUGGAGUCCCCUAAGAUAGUGUACAAAUAUUACUCGAAUCCCGCGUUUUGCGCGCAAAGUGAGGUGGUGUUCGCUCAAAAGGCAUGUGUCACGAAAAUCGUAUCCCCUGACCGCCGGAUGCCGCCGUUAGGCGGGAAUUCUCCUAGAAAGACUUGUGAAAGCAACAGAAUAAUGCGAACCGACAUAUCUGACAAUCCACUAAGGAUUUAUGCGAGUGGAAAGAGGGAGGAACCUCCCGAAUUACCGCCAAAACCAGCGAGAUAUCAACGACAGUUCCAAAGACAGACUUCAUUAAUCUGCAAACCGACUCGCUCCGUUGUUAGAUGUAGGACACGAAGCGAGGAUUUAGAAAUGGCACAAUUCAAACAAAGGCGCGAAAUGAAAUGUGAUAGAAAUGCGAGUGACGACAAUCUAGAAGACAGGAAACAUAGAUAUGAAGUUAUAGAUAUAGAUGAUGGAAUGGAUUACUCUCCGACGAAGAAGAGAAUAGUUGAGGCAGAUGAGAGUGAGAUAGAAGAAUAUAAUGUAGACGGUCCCGAUGAGAACGAAUUAAAGGAAAUACCUACGGAAAUCGUCAAAACUGUCAACGGAAAAACACUGAGAUAUGCGAUAGUACCAUCAGAUGAUGAAGAGAGAAGAAAUGUUACUUUCACAUCUCCAACUAUGACGAAGAAGAAUCUGAUUGCAACACAGAAGCUGCACGAGUUACUAUCAACGCCGCGGAAGCUGAAAAGUUACGCCAGUCAGCCAUCAGUAAGAAUAACCCCAAACAAGUCUGAUGGCCCACGAUACACUGGUACCCCAAUGAAAAUUAUAUCGAGCACUCCAACACAGGUGACCCCAUCAAAGUCCUGCGCUAAUCUAACCCUAACGAGAGGAUCCGCAACGUCUCCAAUUUCACCAAAGGCUCAGCAGAAAUUAAACUACGGUUUACCAGAUUUUGGAAGACAGGACGUUUUUGUGACUAGUUUUAGAGAGAAGAGAGGAAGAAGCUUCGAUAUGGACAGAAGAGAAGUUAGUAGAGAAGAAAAAUAUGACAGAAGAAUAGACGAACAGAGAAGGGAUAAGAAUACAGCAGUUAUCAUGCCAAGAGUCGCCAAUCAGUCACCAUCGAUGUAUUCUGAGGAUACUUACAAGUCCUUCUCGAGCGUCAAGACAAUGAACCCAGCGACAGCCUCCCUCGCUAUAGCCGCGUUGAUGCUCACCGUUUGCGGUGGACUGAGCACCGGCUUGAGCUUUUAUAUGAUGUAUUGUAUGGGUCGACGCUAUUACCUAGACUUCGGAGUUCUGUCUGGAUUCACCUGCUUCCUUUUAGGUCUCCUAGGUCUUAGGUCGAGACGUAAUCAAUUGCUACCCAACAGGAAUUAUAUUUCAGGCUACAUUGUCCUGGCGUCAUUCGCGCUGCUCAGCUCUAUAGGACUGCUGCUGCUUUUGACGCUGCAGCCACAAACAGGAACUCCACUGAAUGAUAUAACUUCCGGUGCUGUUUGCAGCAUUAGCAUUUUGUCUUUAUGUCUAGCUUCUGUGGGUAUUCUGGCUUCGUACUGUUGCGCCCAAGAUCCCCCUGAUAAUAGAGUUGGCACAGCUAGGUGGUAUUAGUUAGUAGUUCAAAAUGUCUAUAAUAGAUGGCGUUGUCGUAAUGGUUGUAUAUAUUGCUCAUUUAAAAAUUACUAGAUUUAUUCUUGCGCAAGGCAGCAAAACUAUCCUUUAAGUACGAAUAAAUAGUUCUUUCUAUAACAGAGUCUUUAACCCACUUUUAUAAUAGGACAUAUUGAUGAUAUAAGUUUAUUAUUUAAACGAGUUUAAAGUUAACAUUUCAUCCCCUGCAUAUAUUAAGAGUUUUAAAUUUAACUAUUUCAUUUUAUCUGAGGAAAUAUUCUAUAUGUUCGUAAAAAUGUACCUCAUUCAAUGAAGAACAACUGACAUUGUUAAAUUUAAACGGAUUUGAUCACUACAAAACAAAUACGUGAUUGGACCUCAGUAUCUUAUUAUGUAGUGUCACAAAAAUGCAAUAGAUGGCGUUGUAUUUAAAUGGUUGUAUAAUUUCUAUAUGGACAAGUUAUCGAACCUUUAUUUAAUUUAUUAGGUUAUAUAUUUGAAAUUGAAAUAAUUUAUUUAUUUAGACAUA